AUGAACAUAACACGACCAAAAUGGUACAAGGGAAAAUUAAAAAUCAUUGUUCGGAAUAACGGGAAGAUAUGUCCUGAUGACGAUACAGAGGAAAGAUUACAAAAACUUGUUGAUCCUCCUCAUUCAAUUCAGUUCAGCGAUAAUUGCGGAAAAAAAUGUCUUGGAGGCGUUGUUGACGAUGGAAAAGCUGAAAAAAAGUUUUUGAGCAGUUUGACUGAUUGCAAUAUCAUGUUGGGAAGUCUCAUCAUACGGAAUAAUGAUUUUGAAUCUUCAUUCAAUUUACUCGACAAGUUCAAGAAAAUCAUGCAUAUCGAAGGCUCACUUAUUGUUACUAAUAACACGGGCAUCAAAAAUCUAUCGUUCUUGGAAUCUCUAAGAAAUAUAUCCGAUACCACAACCAUACGUCCUAUUAUUCAAAUUGUUGGCAACCCAAAUUUGACGUCAAUAAAUCCUCUGCACAAAGUGGGCCUUGAGUAUGAGGAAGAUGAGGUGGAUGUUGUUGCUGUGAUCGAGACCUACUCAGAGAUAAGUCACGAUGAAAAGAAGAAGCUGAAAGAAAGGGCUGGAGGGAAAGUCGUGUUCCGUGUACUAGAUAAGAAGCGGAGACCAUCCGUUGCGGAUGCGAAGACGAAGAAAGGACAUGGUGCAGGUGGGAGGCGAACGCACAAGCCUCAAGAUGAAGACAGAGACAAUUUGGGAACUGGUGAGUAUUCGAAUGUGUAA